GUGUGUGGUGGUGACGGCGACACCGGGCCGAGAGAAGAAGCCACAGAAACCUGGCAUUAAACGCUGCAGCGCGGCUUCGUUUCUUUUUGUUGUUGUUUUGGGGGAAGUGGCCGACGGAGGCGCAGCAGGCCCAAACCUGAACAAAAACACCCCGGAACCCCGCUCCCCGCUACACACGAGAGCCUUUCUUCACACCCGCGUUUAAACCUCCUCUAUUCGCCUCUCGGUGACCGCUCAGCCGGCUCCCAGCUGCACGCGUGGCGGCUUAAUUGCUUUGUCGUUAGCCGAUUAGCUUGUUAUGUAGCUAAUGUUAGCUGUAACGCUAAUGCUCCCAUGUAUCCCCAUUGAACUAGCUAUUAGCUUACGCGCUCUUGUUAGCUAACAGUAGCUCCUGACACAUUGUGAAGCUAACACGGUAACGCAAGUUCGUAGUUAAUAUAUGUUCGCGCCACAUUAGAAGAAAAGUGCGCAGGGUGACACGAGGUAUGUUUGGUGCUAACAGGAAGAAGUUCAUGGAGGGGGGAGUGGAGAGCGACUACACGGACGAUUCCAGCCUCUACUACAGCCAGCAGUCUAUGUUCCCCCCUCACCGCUCAGACAAAGAUAUGCUGGUGUCUUCCUCCGCCUCCUCGUCGGGUCAACUGUCACAGCUGGGAGCCAGCUUAUAUGGUCCGCAGAGUGCGUUGGGGUUUCCCAUGCGUGGUCUCAACAGCAGCGCGGCACCGCAGUUAAGUCGAAGUGGCCUGAACCAGUCAGCGAGCCAGCUCUCCAGUCAUGCCAGUUCAGCCAACACUGGUUCACUGCACACGCCUCCCUCGCCGAGCAGGGGGAUUUUGCCGAUGAGCAGCCGGAGCGUGCUCAACCACAACCAGCAGGUGGGAGGUCCGACGGCCCAGUCGGCGGGAAUGGGCGGAGUUGGUGAGAGAGGGGUUGGAGGAGGAGGGAGGAGCGGCAGCAGCAUGGGGAGUCCAAGCCGGUCGUCACCGAGCAUCAUCGGGAUGCCCAAACAACAACAAGCACGGCAGCCGUUCACGAUUAACAGUAUGUCGGGGUUUGGUGUGAACAGGAAUCCCGGCUUCAGCUUAAACAACUCAUUAUCCAACAACAUCUUUAAUGGAACAGUUUUUCCGUGCUUGCGCUCAGACGGCAGUGAGAAUGUGACAGGGCUGGAUUUGUCGGAUUUCCCGGCAUUAGCUGACAGGAGUCGGAAAGACGGCGGUUCGAAUCCCGCCCCGUUGCCCAACCCGCUGGCCGGUCGGGCUCCUUACGUUGGCAUGGUCACAAAGCCGUCCAGUGAACAGUCGCAAGACUUUUCUAUCCAUAAUGAAGAUUUCCCAGCUCUCCCAGGGCCAAACUACCAAACAAAAGACCCCACCAGCACCAGCGAAGACAGCAAAACGAAUCUGAACUCAUCAGGAAAGCCCAACUCAACCUCAGACGGUCCAAAGUUUCCCGGCGAUAAAAGUUCGGCGCCCAGCAACAACAACCAGCAGAAGAAAGGGAUCCAGGUGCUUCCCGACGGCCGUGUGACCAACAUCCCAAUUGGCAUGGUAACGGACCAGUUUGGAAUGAUUGGCUUGCUGACGUUCAUCCGGGCGGCAGAGACGGACCCUGGCAUGGUCCACCUGGCGCUGGGCUCAGACCUCACAACACUCGGCCUCAACCUCAACUCACCAGAGAAUCUCUAUCCUAAGUUUGCGUCUCCUUGGGCGUCGUCGCCGUGUCGACCGCAGGACAUUGAUUUCCACGUUCCCUCAGAGUAUUUAACCAACAUUCACAUAAGGGACAAGUUAGCAGCUAUCAAGUUGUCUCGAUAUGGUGAAGAUCUGCUGUUUUAUCUGUACUAUAUGAACGGAGGAGACCUACUACAACUACUGGCUGCAGUAGAACUCUUUAACAGGGACUGGCGGUACCACAAAGAGGAGCGGGUUUGGAUCACCAGAGCGCCGGGUAUGGAGCCCACGCUGAAGACCAACGCCUACGAAAGAGGGACCUACUACUUCUUUGACUGCCUCAACUGGAGGAAAGUGGCCAAGGAGUUCCAUCUGGAGUACGAGAAACUAGAAGAGCGGCCCCACGUUCCCUCCACGUUCAACUACAAUCCUGCCCAGCAGGCCUUCUGAUUGGCUCCUCCUCCCCUUCCCUCUCCCCCCCCCUCCCUCUGCUCCUCCUCCUGGCUCCUCCCUCUCCACCGUCGAGGUUUCGUUUCCACCUCCACACACUUCACAGAGAAUCUGGCCUUUUUCGAGGAAGUGAACAAGUCUCUGAACAGACUCCAUCGUUUUAACUCUGUUCUUUACCUCAUUCUCCUUUUUUUAUUUUUUUAUUUCAUUUUUAAAAAAAGUUGUUUUAUUUGACCUCCCCUUGUCACCACUCCCCCCCCCCCCCCCAUGGGUUCUGUUUCUGUUGGUCCGCCAUUGCAGCAGCGACACCGUGAGUGAGUAACUGUCCAUCUGAUCGAGUGGCUUCAACGUUUCUACUCCGUCUUAUAUUUUUUUGUCCAGAGAAGCUUUUAAAGAAGAACCAGAUUUUAACACAGGACGACGUCACCGUGACGAUGGACAAUUAUUUCACGCCGUGUCUCCACACCCACCCACACACACACACACACACACACGGCUCUCUCACCUCAGAUAGGAUUAAAACGUUAUUUAUCGUUUUUCUCGUUUUUACCAGAACACACACACACACACACAGAAAGCAGACAGUGGACAGUCAGUCAGGAGAGGAAAUGCAAUGUACAUUGUAGCACUAUUUCAUAAUAAAAAGAGAAAAAAAAAAAACACCUUUAUUUUUUGGUUUUACUUUAUUUUCCUCUGUUUACUUAAAAUGGAUUAUUUUACUUUUAUCUUCUUAAUGUAACCCACAACUAUAUAAAUAACCAAGAAGAAAAUUUGACAUCACAAAUUAUCCUUACUUUAUAAACUCCUCCCGCACCAAACUCCAUAGAGAAAAUCAUCGAUUUUAGCUCACGGGAACACAGGAGCUGCUGGUCUACUGCUGCCUCGUGUGGUCACUUUGUGUCACUGAAGUUUAUGUGAUCAAAGAAUUUUAAACCCCUAAUUUACAAAAUAACACAUUUGAUUGUAGUGAUGGGGCAGCAGUAGAUCAACUCCUGUGUCACUGUGAUGUUAAAAUCGCUGAUUUCCUCUGUGGCGUUUGGUGUGGGAGGAGUGAGCGCUUUACAAAUUUGAAGUUUCCUGUUGGAGAAAGUGAUUUCACAAAUCAUAGGACAAAUUUGAUGCAAUUAUUAAAGUCACUUGUUUGUAUAUAGAAACAAGAAUUUAAUUUACUAUAAAAACACAAGAGAAUCAAUAUAAAACAAAUUUCAUCGCAACAUUAACAUCAGCUGCUGUUUUUCUGUUUUCACGGCUUGGUUUAUUUACCCCAUUAUUUUUUGUUAAAUCAUCUUCAUCUCUUGUGUCUCCUCCCCUCAUUUAUCCCUCAGUGGAAUAUUUUCUGCCCGGCAACAGUCAGAAACAAUCGUGGACUGUUUGCAGCGGCUUUUCGAAGGGUUGACUUUAAGAAAAGUUUGGGGACAUUUCGGCGGGAAACGUGGUGGCGACUUCGUAAUCGACGAAUGACAUCAGACGGUAAAUAUGAAGCUACACUCAGCAGAAAUUCACCGACCAGCACAUUUAGAAAUCAACAAAAUCACAAAACACCUUUUGUGUAGAAAAGACAAAAUCAUUGUUUUUCACGUUAAAUCUCCGAUAAAGUUGGCAACAGAUCCAUCAUUUUAUAAAACAAAAACAGCACAACACCACAAUUUUUUGCACAGAUGAAUCAAACCUUAAAUCAUAACUGCUGGUUGUAACCUUCAUAUUUUGCACGUUUCCCCAAAAACGUCCCAACUUUCCUUUAAGGUCACAACAGACCCCCCCAACCACCACCCUAAAAAAAACCCUUAAGUUAUCGGUUUUAUUUUUCGUUUCAUGCUUUUUUUUUUUAAUCCCUCCAGGAGUCGCCAAUGUCCAGUUAUUUGUGUACAUAAACGUAUAUUUAUAUACGUUUAUGUUUAUGUACACAGAUAAAAUACAAGACAGUAUUUUUAAGAAAAACGGGACAAACACACAGGAAAAAACAAACAAAAAAACACGCGGACACAAACUCUUCUUACUGGCCAACCCCAGUACACAAUGCAAUACCUCCUGUUACCAUGGAGACCAUCGCGGAGACGUUGUUACAGGGGACCACCGCCGACCGACCGAUCUGCUGCAGGUUGCCAGGACGACAUGGGAGGAGGAGGCGGCGGCCGGCACGCAAACACUUGCAGCAGAAACAACGCCAAGGACACGCCCACUGACAUCAUGUGACCUGCUGAUUGGAGGAAAAACGACGACGACCGAGGCACUUGGCCAUUGGCUGUUUUAUUAAAUAUGGCAGCUAGUGUUUUAAUAGGAAAAAGAAUAAAAAAUAAAUAUUCUGGUAAUGAAACUGAA